AUGCCUACGAAAUCUAGCUUUCCCGACAUCCACAUCCCUGACAUUGAUAUCUGGGAUUUGUUGUUUGAGAGAACCGAUCGACCAUUCCCCGACAGCAAAGUUGUUCUCCGAGAUGCUGAGACGCAGCGCGCGUACACUUUUGCUCAAGUGAAGAAAACAUCCAUCAACUUUGGCAAGACGUUGAAGUCGAUAUGGCAAUGGAAACGAGGCGAUGUCUUGGCGACCUUUACCCCAAACUGCAUCGACGUUCCUUCCAUCGUCUGGGGAACUCACUGGGCGGGUGGAGUAGUGUCCCCAGCGAAUCCGGCCUACACGGCUGACGAGCUCGCGUUCCAGUUGAAAGACUCGCAAGCCAGAGUCUUGGUGACGCAGUUCGAAUUUCUGGAAGUAGCGUGCGCAGCGGCAAAGAUUGCCGGUAUUCCAAAGGACCGCAUCGUGCUAGUUGGGGAUGCCAAGGACGAGAAGAAAUCGUUCUUGCACUUCAAGGAGCUGUGGGUGACGCAGGGGGACUCACGACAUCAACGAACACUCUCAAAGGCCCCCAAAACUGACCUCUCGUUUUUGGCAUACAGUAGUGGUACUACUGGCCUUCCCAAAGGAGUUAUGCUGUCGCAUACAAACAUCGUCUCCAAUAUUCUAAUGCUCAACUCUACUGAAGGCCAAAACUUGACCUGGAGUGGCGGUUUCAACAAUUCUGGCGACCGGAUGUUGGCAUUCCUCCCCUUCUAUCACAUAUAUGGUUUGGUAUGUCUUAUGCAUCUCUCCAUGUACACUGGUUUUGAACUGGUUGUCAUGCCAAAGUUCGAGCUAGACAAGUUUUGUUCCUAUGUGCAGACGAUGAAGAUCACCAUUGCACCUGUUGUCCCCCCAGUCCUGCUCUUACUCGGAAAGCAUCCGAUCGUGGAAAACUACGACCUAAGCUCACUACGAAUGUUGAGCUCUGGGGCGGCUCCAUUGACAAAGGAGCUUGUCGACACUGUUUACCAGAGGAUCAAGGUGCCUGUCAAGCAAGGGUACGGCCUCUCUGAGACUUCUCCAGCAACUCACGUCCAGAUGUGGGAUCAAUGGCAAAGCACCAUCGGUUCUGUAGGGCCAUUGCUUCCAAACAUGGUAGCCAAGUACAUGUCUUCCGACGAAAAAGAAGUUCCGGCUGGACAGACUGGCGAGCUUUGGCUGAAAGGUCCCAAUAUCUUCCUGGGGUAUCUCAACAACCCUGCCGGGACAAAGAAUGCCCUCACGGAAGAUGGCUACUUCAGGACUGGAGAUGUUGGGCACCAGGACGAGAACGGGGACUUCUACAUCACCGACCGUAUCAAGGAGUUGAUCAAGUACAAGGGCUUCCAAGUCGCGCCAGCUGAGCUUGAAGGGCUCCUUCUCAGCCAUCACGAUAUUGACGACGUGGCAGUCAUUGGGGUCUACGACAAGGCGCGUGCUACCGAGGUUCCAAGGGCAUACAUUGUGCCAAGACGAGGAGUUGAAGCGACACCGGAGACUGCAAAUAGCAUUGUUCAAUGGUUGAGUGCUAGAGUCGCGGCUCACAAGCAAUUGAGGGGCGGCGUUAGAUUCGUCGACGUGGUGCCUAAAAGCGCUGCUGGCAAGAUUUUGAGGCGUGUUUUGGUAGACAAGGCUAAGCAAGAGGCGGAGACUAUCCAGUCUAAGUUGUAG